UCCAUCUAUCCAUCUCGCACCUCUCUCGUCUCUGACAACCGUACGCCCCACCGUGUUCCGGCGCCGCUCACGAACUCCUCCCGGCGCUGCCCAUGACGACAGUGUCGCGCGCGCUCGGCUCAGCGUUCGCGGGCUUCACGCGGGCACCCGCGGCGGCGCAGACUGCGACGACCCUGCCCUCCCCGUGCGGCUCGUCGGCGCUACUCCAGCACUGGCGCUGGAGCCGGGCUAGCCGCGCCCGGCGGUUCUCGUCCGGCCGCUCGGCACGGAUAAGCAUGAGCCUCCGCGCCGGCAUCGUCGGGCUUCCCAACGUCGGCAAGUCCACUCUCUUCAACGCCAUUGUUGAAAACGGAAAGGCACAAGCUGCAAACUUUCCCUUUUGCACCAUCAACCCAAAUGUUGGUGUGGUGGCUAUCCCUGAUCCUCGUUUGCAGGUGCUCUCAAAAUUAAGCAAGUCACAGCAGACGGUCCCAACAUCCAUUGAGCUUGUGGACAUUGCAGGUCUCGUCAAAGGAGCAAGCAAAGGAGAGGGACUAGGAAAUCAAUUCCUUUCAAACAUCCGUGAAGUGGAUUCCAUACUUCAGGUUGUGCGAUGCUUUGAGGAUGACGAUAUAGUUCAUGUCAAUGGCAAGGUCGAUCCCAGAUCAGACAUCGAUGUCAUUAACCUAGAGCUGAUAUUUUCGGAUCUUGAACAGAUAGAGAAGAGGCUAGAUAAGCUUAACAAGAGCAAAACUAAAGAUGCGCAAGUAAAAGCGAAGGAACAAGCAGAGAAAUCAGGAUUGGAAAAAAUUCAGCAGGCACUUAUGGAAGGAAAACCUGCAAGAUCGGUUGAUUUAGCUGAGCAUGAGAAGGAAGCUAUACAACAUCUUUGUCUGCUAACCAUGAAACCUGUCAUUUAUGUUGCUAAUGUAACAGAAUCUGAUCUUGCUGAACCUGAUAGCAAUCCUCAUGUCAAAGAGGUGGCUAAAGCAGCAUCAGACUUGCAGUCUGGUAUGGUUACAAUAUCAGCUCAGGUUGAAGCUGAACUCGCUGAGCUACCUUUGGAAGAGAGAGUAGAAUAUUUAAAAUCUCUUGGUGUUGCUGAAAGUGGACUAGGAAAUUUAGUAAAAGCAACAUAUAAUCUAUUGGGAUUAAGAACUUAUUUCACAACCGGAGAGAAGGAAACAAAAGCAUGGACUAUUCUUUCAGGCAUGACUGCACCACAGGCAGCUGGAGUUAUUCAUAGUGACUUUCAGAAAGGAUUCAUCAGAGCUGAAACUGUAUCCUAUGAUGAUUUUGUUGCAGCUGGUUCUCUUGGAGUAGCAAGGGAGAAAGGGCUGUUGAGGUUGGAAGGGAAGGAUUAUGUUGUGCAGGAAGGAGAUGUCAUGCUUUUCAGAUUCAAUGUGUGACAACAAUAGUAGCAAAAAGCUUCAAAACACCGGAAUUUGUCCUAGGCAGAAUAUAGUUUGCCCAUACUGUGACAUUUUUUUGGCCUCUUGACCACCGACUAAUCUACCAGCAUUAUUUCUUUUCUUAUGAGGAAAAAUACAAUGGUUCAUUCUGUAUGAGUAUCAUAUGUUAAAGAAAGGCACCUUUGCAAUAGUUAUUCAGUGUAGCUUCUCUUCUAGACUUCUAACACCAGUGGUGGCCUUAUGGUUCAGUCGAGAUACAUUGCCAAAUCUGCUUGAAGUUUUGCGA